AUGGUCCUGUUUUCCACUGCAUGUUUUGCGUGGCUGCGCUACCAAACGCGCCGGAAUGUGUUUCUUGCUGCGGCUGCUUCGUGUGCGAGUCUCAUCCCCUACACCAUUGUCAUCUUGAGCGGCCCCGAGAAGAUUCUUUUCGCAGCCCUAGAUAAGAGAAAAGGAGAAAUGAGCCCUGAAGUAGUCGAGGUUCGCAAGGCAAUAGUCCAGUGGGGAAACGUCAACAUGUUCAGGGCCGUGUUUCCUCUUGUUGGUGGUCUUGUGGCGUUGGCAGCUGAGAUGCUGUGA